GUUGGUUCCUGUGGCGCUAGGUGGGCUGGGAGAGAGAGGCUUGUGGGAGUGUCUAUUCUAAUAAAAUAUGGUGUGCAGAUUUACACAAACCAUCAUGAAGCUGAAGAAAGAAAAUUGUUGUCUUCAGUUGAUUGUUACAGUGUUACUAUAGAUUGGGCAGAGAAUGGGAGACAAAAGUGGAGUCAAACCAGUUCUACUCCAAGAUUGUAACCUAAGGACUGUCCACAGAGGGUUUGCCUUCCAUCUACUGAGGAUAUACCAGGAAAGUGUUCUAACAUUUUGGAGGACCUUCAGCUCUCACUGCAGACUCUGCUGGUUCACUGAUCUUUCAGGAUGUAAGUUGAAAUAUCCCCUCUUCAGCCAGACAAAACUUUUCUCUGUCCACCUCUGUUUCCAGCCUCUUCGUCUGCUUCCCCCAGCUCUGAAGAAAAUUCUGUUUGUCCUGCCUAGACUCACUCAUGUGGCCCUUGGCAGCUCAACUGGAUGGGCUGGGUCUCUGUCUGGCCUGUCCUACCAGUCUUCUUCACAAUAUGGUGGUGUCAAGAUUCCAAGACCAUCCCCCAGUGUAGGUAUUAAGAGUCUGCUCUUACCACAUUUACUGAUGUCCAUUGACCAAAGCAAGUCAUUUGGCCAAGCUCAGAGAAAGUGUAGGAUGCUUGGAGUUGUGAUUCAUGGAGAGGCAAUUAUUCCAAUAAUCUACCACACUGAGUAUCUUUAUAGCAUACUUAAAAUUAUAUCACAUAUACUUCUAAGGCUGAGGAUAUGCUUAAUUAGCUACACAGAGCCUUGAGGAUUCUGACGACUUAUUGAUGGAUAUACAGCAAAAGAAUAUAUAAAGUUUGGUUUAGAGAUAUAUACAUACAUUUAAGUGCUUCUCUGAAUUUAUAAAGAAACUACAUUUUAAAUAUUUCUCAUCUAUUGAUUCUACAUGCCUUUGGAUGCCCACCACACGUUCACCUGUAGCUACUGAAUCAGAUGCUCAAGCCUUUCCUUUAUUUCAUUUUUCCUCAAAUUCUAAGUGCCUAGAAGGACUGCUCAUAUAUCCUGGUUUUUAUUCAGCAAUUAAUAUUCAACAACUCUCCAUUCACCACUGUAAGCUGGCCAAUUCAUAGUACCUAGACUGCAUGUUCUGGACAAGCACAGAUCCGAAUCCAUAUAAAUUCCUAGGGCAGUUUAUUAUGAUUCUUAAAAAGUAGAGAUUCCAAAGCAUCUUUUUAAGGUAUUGGCAUAGAAAAGGGUAUAGGACUUAAAAUUAGAAAACAUGAGCUUCAGCUUUAUCACUGACCAUCAAGUCACUUAAUCUCUCAGCAAUUUAGUUUCCUAAUCUAGAAAAAGAAAGCAAUAAUAAUAGUAGGUACUUUAUAACCUUAUUUGGAAGAUUAAAUGAUAUGAUUUAAUGAAGGGCUGUGCAGAAUUAUACAAAUGUAUUACAGGCCUGCAGUGCCUUACCAGAAACCACUGAGGUCAUUUUCAGAAUUUAGACUUAUUUAAAUUUUAGACAGGUAAUACAAAGUAUAUUUUGUUUAUUAAAUAACAUUCCUACCAUAGUGUAGGAUAGUACCCUAUACCAAACACAUUAAUAUAUCUGCAGCAAAACAUUUAAGUGGAGUGAAUUAAGACUAUAAGUUUACAAAGGCUUUUAGUUUAAGAGCUUUUGUAUCUCAGAACUGCAGAUAAGGGAUUGUGGGUUUCUAUUUUAUGUUUUUAAUAAGUUUAGGCCAUUUUUAAGUUUUAAAAAAUGGUACAAAACCUUUAAUAGUUAAGAUUGGCUUUAUAUAGUUAUAGAUGACUCAUACCUUUGUUUUUAUAAUUUUCUUUCCU